GUGUCUUGGGGAGCGGCGUCGGAAUGUAGAAUUAUACCCGGAAGUAGUUUGUGCUGGGCGGGGAAAGAAUGCCCGGUAGUCGUGACCUGCAUGCGGUAUAAGACAUCAUGAGCUUGCUAUCGUCGUCAGAUCGCGAGAGAACACCACAACCUGCAGGGCAAUAUAUCGCCAUCCCGAUCUCUAUCAAUCGGACCUUCUGAUCCUUGCCCUGACUUAACUCCGAACCUACAGCAACUAUAACCACUAAGAUGCCAUCACAUAUCCACUCAGUAACCAACAUACACCGUAUAGCCUGCAUCCCCGGCGAUGGCAUCGGGGUUGACAUAACAGAAGCCGCCAUCCAAGUCCUCAACGUCCUCUCCAAAACCAUUGGCGGCUUCGAGUUCGACUUCAAAACCUUUGACUGGAGCAGUAAAAACUAUCUGGAGCGAGGAUGGUACAUGCCACCCGAUGGUCUCGAGCAACUAAAAGCCUAUGAUGCGAUCUACUUUGGUGCCGUCGGUUGGCCCAACGUGCCAGACCAUAUAUCGCUCUGGUCACUCAUCUUGCCAAUCCGAAAGUCCCUGAACCAAUACGUCAAUGUCCGACCUACGCGCAUCCUCCCUGGCACCACAUCCCCUCUAUCAAAUUGCAAACCCGGCGAUCUAGACUGGAUGAUUAUCCGCGAGAACAGCGAGGGCGAGUACUCUGGCCAAGGCGGUACAUCUCACGAAGACAGCCCGCACACCAUCGCCACCGAAGUGAGCAUCUUCACACGCGUGGGCAUCGAGCGCGUAAUGCGGUAUGCAUUCGAGACCGCGCGCUCACGACCACGCAAGAAGCUCACCAUGGUGACCAAGAGCAACGCACAGCGCCACGGCAUGGUUCUUUGGGACAAAGUCUUCUACGAAGUCGCAAAAGAGUACGAAGACGUUGAGAUAGACAAGAUGCUCGUGGACGCCAUGACGGUGCGCAUGACACUGCAUCCCUCCUCGCUCGACACCAUUGUUGCGACAAAUCUCCACGCGGAUAUCUUGUCUGACCUUGCGGCUGCGCUCAGUGGCUCGAUUGGCAUUGCGCCGUCGUCGAAUCUCGAUCCUACGAGGAAGAACCCGAGUAUGUUUGAGCCUAUUCAUGGGUCUGCACCGGAUAUCGCGGGGAAGGGAAUUGCGAAUCCCGUGGGUGCGUUUUGGAGUGCGGCGGAGAUGGUACGGUGGGUCGGGGAGGAAAAGGCGGCGGAUGGGCUUAUGAAGGCGAUUGAGAAUGUUACGGAGAGGGGGGUUAAGACGAAGGAUCUGGGUGGGAGUGAGAAUACGAAGGGUGUCACCGAUGCGGUUUGUGCGGAGAUUGAGACGCUUUUUAAGAGGGACUGAAUAGGGUAGAUAUACAUGUACAUACCCACUACUACCACAUC